AUGCAGUUGCAGGAAAAGCUAAAUAAAAUUGCCAUGGACCCUGACCUUGCUCCAUUUCUCGCGGUUCUUAAAGGAGCUCGCAAUGGGGCUGUCUACGGCGCGAAAAUUCGAUUCCCCCAUGCUUUGGUGAUGAUAUUUAUUUUCCGGUCUGGAAGUUUACGUCAUAAAGCAUGGCUCGUUUUCAAAGCGACAAGACAACACGCACGGAACCUCUCAUUGUUCGCCGUCGUAUACAAAUCUACCAUGCUUGCCCUUAAAUAUAUAGGUCCAAAUGGGUGGGGUAAGGAGGGGCCAUACGAUACUUUCAUAUCCGGGCUCCUAGGAGGAUACCUCGUUUUUGGCAAGUCACCAGGUAGCAUUAGCCAACAGAUCGUUAUAUACGUAUUUGCACGUGUGAUUCUUGCAGUCGCAAAGCUCUCAGUUGAGCCUGGGACACAUGCGCUGUCCCAUCUAAUCACACCCGAAGCCAGAAGCGCAAUCUAUGCAAAUGCCUGGCCGGCCUUUGCCAGUCUCAGUUGGGCCUGUGUCAUGUACCUUUUCCGCUGGCACCCAGCUGCCAUUCAAUCAAGCUUGCGAAGCAGCAUGACUUACAUGUAUGUCAAAGGAUCCCGAGGCAUCUGCACCGAUUUGCCAUUAUGA